AUGUAUGGAGCGAUUCUGGAAAAUAGAGGACCUCGGGUUUCGUUCCGCCUUGUAGGUGAAAAAAGGCCUGUGAGGAGUUGUUUCGAUCCACCGUUAACCGACGACGGCAGGUACAUUGUUGAGCUGCCCAAGCAGCCAAACUUCGAUGCAAUGAUUCGCCGUUUUGAGUUACUAGAACGCAGAUUUGCUAAGGAUUUUAAGCUGAAGGAAGAUAAUGAUAAGUUCAUGAUGGAAUACUUGUCACUUGGUCACAUGAAACUUGUUCCAGAAACCAUGGUUGCCAUCGAAUGCUUCCUUCCCCAUCAUCCUGUUAUAAAAGAAUCCAGUAGUACCACUAAAACCAGAGUCGUUUUCGACGGCUCGAGUAAAUCUACAACCGGAUUCUCUUUAAACCAUGGCCUGCAGGCCCUAUGUGUAGGACCGACUGUGCAGGAUGAGCUGCUGGAUCUUGUUGUACGGAAUCGCAAAUUUCCUAUGGCUAUGACAGCAGACAUAGUAAAAAUGUACCGUCAGGUUCUGGUAAACCCGAACGAUACCCCUCUGCAAAAGAUUAAAUAUUGA